CGGCAUCUCGCGCAACUCUUCGUUUCCUGCUGCACGGGCAUUCCGCGAGGACCUCCCCCGACUCCGAAACAGGUUUCGGGCAAGGAGGCUGACCUCCCUCAACGCGGGUGAGACGGCCAUCCAGGCGGGACGGGCCAGCCGUUUGUCGGCCCCCCACCACAACACACGUCACCCGCGGCCAGCGCAAAGCCUUUUUCGGAUUGUUGCCCGCGUCCAUACAGAGCUGCGUACCGCUGCGAAGAGCUCGUCUUCUGUAAGUGAUUGAUAACGACGUCUGCCCCAGGAUCCAAGAUGAAUAAACUCCUGGUGAUAGCCACCCUAUCAAUGGUGGCAUGCGUGGCGCUGGGCGACAUGAUGCGCAAGAGCAUCGUGUUCGACGCCAGCACGCCCAAGGUGUUCUACUGCCCGCAAGAGAAGCCGCGCGCCCUGGACAAGAUGAUCGUCAAGGCGAGACCCGUCGAGAAGCUGUGCGAGUUCGAGGGCAAGGGCCUGCCCAAGGGCUACAAGUCCGACUGCUACAACGACGUCGAUGAGUCCGAGUACGCAUGCGCCGAAAAGCAGCGCAUCCUGCUCCGGAUCAACCCUCCCAACGAAACCGACACGACUACCACGGAGCCAGCUACUACGGCUAAGCCUUCCAAGAAGAGCAAGUCCUUCAAGGUCCCCAAGAACUGAGCGCCGUCAAAACCGGGAGCCAAAUGGAACCGGCGGAACGCUUCAAUGGCAGCUAUUUUGAAUAUGUUGAGAGCGUUUUAUGGGCUGUUUUCAGCGCGGGAGACGUUGAAAAUAACCAACUUGUUUUUAUUUUGUAUUAAUUUACAUUAUGGUCAGUGUGCUUGUUGACGAGCAGUUCCCGUCUUCACUAAAUAUUGAGGUGAUGCUGUUGUACGGACAGCUUUCAGUAUCAGUUAUGACUGGCACUCGCCAGACUAGGAAACGGGGUUCUUACUUGGCCAAAAUGUCAGCGCGCAUCAAGUUCAGUAUAGGUAAUAUGAAAUUCUGCACAAGCCUAGUGAGUCGUUUCGCAGGACUAGAAGUAAACGCGCCUAUACACAGGGAGGUGCAGGACGAAACAACGCUUAUUAUUUCCACUGGAACUAACUAAGGGAGCCCUAGUAUGACAUCUUCGGUGCACUACGAGGGCUGCGCAUAGAGGUUCGACAUAAGGACGUCAGAAUCUACAGUUCCAAUCAGAGCAGUUCGGAAUCAAAUGGCUAUUUCACAAUAAAAACGCUAUUUCUAAAA